GGGGCCGGAGGGUUGUGGAAGGGCGAGGGGCCUUCUGAUGAUGGGAGUGGCGGGCUCCCUGCGGGAGAGAGCGGCCCGGAGCCUUGGUCGGGAUUUUACCACACCGCCACGGACUUUCCCCCGGCCGGGGGCUGCGGGAAGCGCCGAGGGGAAGCGCCCUGUCACUGACGGGGGGAUCCGGGAGGCGGCCGUGUCCAGGCAGAUUUUGAUGUUGAUCACUUUGUGUCAGACUGCAGGAAACGUGUGCAGCUGGAAGAGCUCAGAGAGGAUCUGGAGCUCUAUUACAAACUCCUUAAAACUGCUAUGGUAGAACUCAUAAAUAAGGACUAUGCAGAUUUUGUUAAUCUCUCAACAAAUCUAGUUGGCAUGGACAAGGCUCUCAAUCAGCUUUCAGUACCCUUGGGACAGUUAAGAGAAGAAGUUAUGAGUCUUAAGUCAUGUGUCAGUGAAGGAAUUCAAGCAGUAGAUGACCGGAUGACUAAACAAGAAGACAUUAGAAGAAAAAAGAUGUGUGUCCUGAGACUUAUUCAUGUUAUUCAGUCUGUUGAGAAAAUUGAGAAGAUUCUACAUUCCCAAGGCACUAAAGAAUUGUCCUCAUUAGAGGGAAACAGUCCACUUCUAACUGGACAAGUUUUAGAGAGAAUUGCCACAGAAUUUAAUCAACUACAAUUUCAUGCAGUACAAAGCAAAGGAAUGCCCCUUUUAGACAAAGUGAGACCACGUAUAGCUGGAAUAACAGCCAUGUUGCAGCAGUCUCUGGAAGGGCUGCUCUUGGAAGGCCUUCAAACAUCAAAUAUUGACAUAAUACACCACUGUCUACGCACUUAUGCAACAAUUGAUAAAACACGAGAUGCAGAGGCAUUAGUUGGUCAAGUGCUUGUAAAACCCUAUGUAGAUGAGGUGAUGGUGGAGCAGUAUGUGCAAUCUCACCCUAAUGGCCUCCAGGCUAUGUACAAUAGGCUGUUGGAGUUUGUUCCUCAUCAUUGUCGUCUCCUGCGGGAAGUUACAGGGGGUGCAAUUUCCAGUGUAAAAGCAGAUAUUGUUCCUGGAUAUGAUUUCUUAGUGAAUUCGGUGUGGCCAGAAAUAGUACGUGGUUUGGAAGAGAAAUUACCAUCACUUUUUAACCCUGGAAACCCAGAUGUGUUUCAUGAGGUUGCUAGAAAUGCAGAACAGAAAUACACCACCAGUAUGGAUUUCGUACGGAAAUUUGAACGGCAGUGUGGCUCCCAAGCCAGCGUGAAGCGGUUAAGAGCUCAUCCCUCUUACCACAGCUUUAACAACAAAUGGAAUUUGCCUGUAUAUUUUCAAAUAAGAUUCAGAGAAAUAGCAGGGGCCAUAGAAGAAGCACUUUCAGAUACACUAGAGGAAGCACCAGCUGGGAGUUCAUUCUGUCUCUUGGCCACUCACAUGGUCUGGACUGGUCUUGUGAAGUGCUGGUCAGAUCAGCUGUUUUUACCACUGUUAGCGCACCGCCUGUGGAAGCUCAGCCUGCAGAUCUUGGCACGCUACUCUGUGUUCAUCAGUGAGGUUUCCGUUAGGCCCAUUUCCAGUGAGAAUACAAAGGAAAGCAAAAAACCUGUGCCAGUUGGUAGAAAGGAAUCUUCUUUAAGCCUCAACCCCAGUGAAGAUGAAGGGAAUGGAUGUUCUCCAGAAAGUCUGCCAUUGUCUUCUAUAUCUACUAGUCAGCUGAUAUAUGUUGCUGCAGAUCUGGACAAACUGCAGGAUCGGAUUCCUGACAUCUUAGACAUGAUUAAACCUAAGCUUGAAAUGAUUGGCUUCAAGAAUGUAUCUUGCAUUGCAGGAGCCUUGGAAGAUUCAAAGACUUCUCUAUCAACCUGUGUACCUACCUUGAAUAACAGGAUUAUCCAGGAUCUCAGUGAGUCCUCCUUUGCAUACCUGAAGAGUGCACUGGAAGUUCCAAGAUUAUAUAGGAGAACCAACAAGGAGGUGCCAACUAAAGCUUCACCUUAUGUUGACAGUGCUCUUAAGCCCUUCUACCAACUGCAGAAUGACUACAGAGAUACCUUGAAGCAGCCCAUGAUUCAUCAGUGGCUGGAAGGUGCUCUCUCUGAAAGCACACAGAAGUAUUAUGAAACUGUAUCUGAUGUGCUCAGUUCUGUUAAGAAAAUGGAAGAGAGUCUAAAAAGGUUGAAGCAAGCCAGAAGAGCUGCAACUUCAAACCCUGUUGGUACAAAUGGGGGCAUGAGUGAUGAUAACAAAAUCCGACUGCAGCUGGCCUUAGACAUUGAGUAUUUUGGAGAACAAAUACAAAAGAUGGGACUGGAAACAAGCAGCAUAAAAAGCUUUUCAGCCCUUGCAGAGCUGGUUCUAACUGCCAAGGAUCAGGCUACAGCAGAACCAUCCUAGGUAUUUUUGAAAGCAUGUGAUUGAAGAUAAACAAUGUCCCUAAAAGAAAGAGAAUUUAACUCUGCUUUAUUUUACCAAAUAAAUAGCAAUGAAGUGCUUCCUAAAGUAUCCCAAAUCAGUGUAUCUUCUGCCUUGAUGAACUUGCUUCACCAAAAGACUGAGACUUUAUCAGUUAUCCAUUAUAGGGAAAGCAAUCAAAGUUCUAAACUUUCUACUGUAGAAUAAAAGUAGAAGAAAAUGUUUUUCUUAUUUUUGUUGUACAACUUGAAAUGUACAAGAACAAAGUUCUAUGUUGAAAAUAAUAUGUAAUAAAUUGUCUUCCUAACUUU